AUGACUCGCACUGGCUACGCGGCCAUGCUCACCCCCACGAGCAACAAGGGGCUGGCGUUCACGCCCGAAGAGCGGCAGCAACUCGGUCUGCGCGGGUUACUGCCGGCAGCGGUGUCCACGACCGCGCUCGAGGCCCAGCGGGCGAUGGCGGCGCUCCGUCGCAAGCCGUCCCCCAUUGAGAAGUACCUCUUUAUGCAGCAGCUGCAGAACACGAGCGAAGACGUGUACUACCGCCUGCUCAUUGAGCACACGUGCGAGCUCCUGCCGAUCGUGUACACGCCGACGGUGGGCCAGGGCUGCCAGGAGUUUAGCCACAACUACACGUCAAAGCCACGCGGUCUCUUCAUCUCGGUCAACGACAUUGGCCACGUGGCUGAGCUCUUGGACCACUGGCCGGCACAGGACGUUCGAGCCAUUUGCUUUACCGACGGCGAGCGCAUCCUCGGCCUCGGUGACCAAGGAGCCAAUGGCAUGGGCAUUCCCAUUGGGAAGCUCGCGCUCUACACGGCGUGCGCCGGUGUCCCGCCGCAUUUGUGCCUCCCCGUCGUGCUCGACUGCGGCACCAACAAUGACGCGUACUUGGCCGACCCCUUGUACAUUGGGCUGCGGCAGCAGCGCGUGCGGGGGGCGGUCUUUGAGCAGCUCGUGGACGAGUUUAUGCACGCAGCCAAGACCAAGUAUGGCCCCAGUGUGCUGCUGCAGUUUGAAGACUUUGGCAACUCGACGGCGUUUGAGCUGCUGCGGAAGUACCAGCACACGCACUGCACGUUCAACGACGACAUCCAGGGCACGGCGUCGGUCGUGCUGGCAGGUCUGUUGGCGGCGGUGCCGCUCUCGGGCAAAUCCAUUUGCGAACAGACGUUUCUGUUCCUCGGCGCUGGCGAAGCUGGUACGGGCAUUGCCGAGCUCAUUGCGCAGGCGAUUGCCGACGAGACGGGCAAGUCGGUGGCAGAAGCGCGCAAACAGAUUUGGCUCGUGGACUCGCGUGGGCUGAUUGUGCAGUCCCGCAAGGAAUCGCUGCAGCACCACAAGCUCUUGUUUGCACACGAUGCGCCCGCGUGUCCAGACCUGCUGUCGGCCGUGGAGCAGAUCAAGCCGACGGCGCUCAUCGGGGUGUGCACCAUUGCCAAGGCUUUCAGCCAAGCUGUGUGCCAGAAGAUGUGCACGUACAACGAGCGCCCCAUUAUCUUUGCAUUGAGCAACCCCACAAGCAAGGCCGAGUGCACAGCCGAGGAGGCCUACACGUUCACCGACGGCAAGUGCAUCUUUGCUAGCGGUAGCCCGUUCGAUCCGGUCGAGUACAACGGCAAACGCUACGUGCCUGGCCAGGGCAACAACGCGUACGUGUUCCCUGGCAUUGGUCUCGGCAUUGUAGCGGCGGGCCUGACCCACGUCAACGACGAGGUCAUGAUCAUUGCUGCAAAGACGCUGGCUGGCUUGACCACGCCUGCUGACCUCGAGACUGGCUGUGUCUACCCGCCGCUGUCCACGAUCCGCAAUGUCUCGCUCAAGAUUGCUGAAGCUGUCGCGGAGUACGGGUUUGAAAAGGGCUUUGCCACGAUCGCAAAGCCAGAGAACUUGGCCCGGUUUCUGAGCGAUUUCAUGUACACCCCCUGA